AUGCGCUUCUCGUCGAAAAUCGCUCGGCCCCUACAGCUGGUCACUAGGGCCCUCCAGUGGUCUAGUUCCGUUAUAGUUAUGGGUCUAACAUCAUACUUUAUCAUGAAAGGGCCUCAUGGACAGCAUAUUCUCUAUCAAGAUGUUAUUAAGGAGAAUCCUACUCAGGCUGUUGUGGAGAAACAUGAUGGAACCUGUCCGCCUCUCGAUGCGCCGGCCGAAGUUGCUGCCCCGGUGGCUGAAGCCUAG